UAAAGAUGGACUUUAGGAUGUUGGGCAAAUACACUGGAAUGUAACGGUUACCAUGGUUACAGUGUGGCACCGUUUGAUCGUGUAUAAACGCGCGAGACUAAUAAGACUCGAGAGCUCGUGCCUGUCUUCCUGGAUGAUCACUCAUCAUUAUAUCCAGCAGCCUACUUUUCUUUGUAGACUUAAGAGCUGAAGGGAUGAGAGUGCGUGUGUGUGCGUGUGUGUGUGUCUUGUUUGUUUUGCAUGACAGUCUCCAAAAGCGCGUGAAGCGGAUUUACAUCUGGAAGCGGCUUUAAUGAAGCAGUUUGGCGAACUUCUCUUCUCUUAAUAACCUCCACAGACUCGCAAAGCGGAAAAUGUAAACAUUUAGCUUGGAAAAAUGAGUGGAGAGAAACCAGAGACCAUACAAACACAUCGCAGAGCAGCAGCAAAGCUUGUAUUUCUAGCAGAGAGUCUGUGAACUUUGUCAUCUGAGACACUGUCGUCCGACGCCAUGAGCUGGAGCUUCCUGACGCGUCUGCUGGAGGAGAUUCAAAACCAUUCAACGCCGGUGGGGAAACUCUGGCUGACAACAUUGGUGGUAUUCCGCAUUGUCCUGACGGCAGUGGGCGGAGAAUCCAUCUACUACGAUGAGCAGAGCAAGUUUGUGUGCAACUCAGGCCAGCCUGGCUGCGAAAACGUCUGCUAUGACUCCUUUGCGCCGCUCUCCCAUGUCCGUUUUUGGGUUUUCCAGAUUAUCUUCUCUGCCAUGCCAUCACUCCUAUACAUGGGAUAUGCGGCCAAUAAGAUUUCCCACACCAAGGAGAUACCAGGGACGGAGAGGGAUGGAGAUCCAACAGAAGUUGGGUACACACAACGGAGGCCAAGGAAACUGUACUUUGGGGCACGUCAGCAUAGGGCAGGGCAUGAGAAUUCAGAAGAGGGGAGAGAAGAAGAAGACCCGAUGAUCUAUGAGGUGCCUGAGAUAGAUAGCACGCAAAGGGAGAUUGUUCCACCACGUCCCAAGCUCAAAAAGCGUCAUGAUGGGCGGCGGCGCAUUCGAGACGAUGGUCUAAUGCGAGUGUACGUACUGCAGCUACUAACGCGUUCGGCACUGGAAGCUGCCUUCCUAGCUGGUCAGUAUCUGCUGUAUGGCUUUCAUGUAGCACCCAUCUUUGUGUGUACAGGUGAGCCUUGCCCUCACCGUGUGGACUGCUUUGUUUCACGUCCCACAGAGAAGACCAUCUUCUUGCGCAUUAUGUAUGGAGUCAGCUGCCUCUGCUUGUUACUCAACGUGUGGGAAAUGAUUCAUCUUGGAGUGGGCACCAUCAAAGACGCACUGCAAAAACGUCACGCUGCCACAGCAGAAGAAGAAUACGAACUGGGCCUGCUCAGGGCUGGGGACAUGUCUGACCGAGCAAGCGGGCCAGUACUCAGCGAAGGAGAAAUGGUGGGUGAUGUAGGUAGCAGAGUCAGGGAAGCAGACUACGUGGGUUAUCCGUUCUCCUGGAGCACCCCAUCUGCACCACCAGGCUAUAACAUUGUGAUGAAGCCUGAAGCCCUGCCUUACACGGACCUAAGCAAUGCCAAAAUGGCAUGCAAGCAAAAUCGUGACAACAUCGCACAAGAGGAGCAGCAGCAGUUUGGAUCCAACGAGGACAACUUCCCUUCGGCGAGCGAUGCUCGGCCACCACCGAUCAACGAGGAUGCUGUCCAGUUAGAGGCGGCUAUUCAGGCUUAUGCCCUACAACACAAUGCAGGCAACAGCUGUAACGAGAUGCGGAACAACCACAGUAAUGACGAUAAGCCACAAUGUAACAUCCCUACUGUUUCUCAGAAAGAGAGGAAACAUCGGCUGAAGCAUGGCAAAGCAGGCAGUGCCGGGAGCAGCAGCAGUAGCAAAUCUGGAGAGGGCAAGCCAUCUGUAUGGAUCUGACACGAUCUGUAGAGAGUUCCUCUUUGCAAAACCUUACCUGUUUACAUAAACACAACCACACACAUGCACACGUAUUACAGUUUUUAGGUAUACUGUACACAUAAUGUACAGUAUACUGUUGUUUGGCAUAGCAUGUUGUAGUUUUUUUUAAUAUCUUGUGUGCCUUAUGAUCCAGAAAAUUCUGGAAGACUGAAAGUAUACUUUGAACUGAUCUCCUGGUCUUCCUGAUGUUUGAACUCCGUGAACUCAUUUCUUUAUGAGCGCUUGGCCAUAACGAUUUUUUCUAGAAAUGUAUUUGCUAAAAAAGCACUUUGAUGAUACCGGUCUGAGAAGCUCCCGUGCUUUUCUGGGAUUUGGCAGGGUAAUUCCAAACCAAAAUAUUUCUUUAAACUGGGUCUCCAACAUCAACAGAUGCACCGAUGCCACAUUUUCUAUACAUAUAGAUUUACUAUAUGCGAAACGUCAGAGGUGUCAUGGUGUCAUGCGUCAUGUCCGAGCUCUGUCUUUGGUCAUUCAACAGAACUUGUGCUACUGGCAAAUACAUUAACUUUAAUAUUAAAAAGCGUUUUAGGACAAUAAUAUACAUCUAUUAUGAGAUCGCUGAUGUCACAUUUCAAAGUGAUUUUUAUCUGUGAUGCUAUAACAUCACACUGCCAUGACGUCACACUGUAACAAUUGGAAGUUGUAAGUUUGAAUCCCAGGUCCACCAAAGCUGCCACCACUGGGCCCCUGAACAACGCCCUUAACUCUCAGUUGUACUGUAUAUAAUUUAAAAAAAAAUGUUAGUCUGCCAAGUGCCAUAAAUGUAAAGAUGCAUGCAAACCCAACAUCAGUUCAUUUUCUUGCUGAUAUCAGUGUCCACAUAGAGAACUGACAUAUUUGUGAAAAAAAAAGUUCCCAUUCUGCUGAAGAAUAGUUAUUUCAGUCAACCAGUAGCGUAGAUCUGGUACCAAGCAGUUGAGAGGUGUAGAUCUGGUCCGCAAUUACAGUCACCUCAAUUGUAUCAUUAUUACAUAUUUAUUCACUCUAAUGAGUCUAAUAUCCAGUCACUGUGAUGUCACUGGUAUAUUUUUAUGCCCACACGUGCACUCAUGCUUGAAAAGCUUGUGUAUUGUGUGAAGUCUUCCAUUUUGCCUCAUAAGGCCACAUUCCAAGAUUUUUUUUUUCCUGCAUAAGUCUGACGGCAAAACCUGAAUGCUCUGGGAGACCAAAUACUGUUUGUUGGCAUGGAUUCAUCCUGCUGCUACGCCGUCAUGCUAACGGAGCAUAAAAGGCCAUAUAUAAAUACAAAAAAAAAAAAACCUGUGAGAAGUGGCGAGGACAAACCCUUUAUUUCAGCAAUACUUUUCUGUAUGUCGAUUGAGGGUUAAAAUUCAUAUA